AUGAAGUAUGUUAUUUUGCGAGAAAUAACCACUGGUUGUGUUAAUUUACCUGAUGAGGUUAUCGAAUGUAUAAUCUCAAAAGUUCCUCCAGUUGAGUUGUGCUUGUCAGGAUGGGAAAGUGUUAGCAAGGGUUUUGCCAUAAUGAUAGAUUCUAUCUUAUCAAAGCAAAGAAGUUUGGAUACUCUUUUUGGUGAAGAGCAUCGUUUCUUUUCGCGAUUGACGACUGCUGAUUUCGCAAGUGACGGAAAGUUACUUUUUCAGUUGAAAUUGGUGGCCAAAAAGUUGUUUCCUCAUAUCGAUACUCUUACAACUUCAUCAUCGAUAUUAUAUGCAUUUUUCCACUUGGCGUCGAUUAUCGAAGGACGGUUGUUACUUUACCCAAACUUACGUUGCCUAAAUCUUUUCUUGGGGCCAGGUUUCGAUGUGGCUCCGCAUCGGUGUACCAUAUUCUGUUUAUAUCAACUUGCCAGGUCGUUUGCUUCUAACAAUCGUGCAGUCAAUAUUACCGCUCGCGUUAUGGAAGGUAGCGACCACCUUCUUAAUGUUGUUAGUUUUAGGGAGAUGUUGAAGGUCGUCUUAUCUUUUACCCCCAACACAGUGUCUUGGUCGUUGUGUUUGAAAGAUGCUACUGAGAGGUCACAGGGAUGGUUUUGCCCUACUGAAUUAACUCAUGCUAGAAACAUUGCUUUUAUAACCUACGUUAGAUUAUUCGCAGAAUAUGAUAUUCACUUAAAAGAGUUACUGCUGGUAGAUGAACUUAAAGUAUCUCCCUACAUGAUGAUUAUGAAACAUCGGCAUCGUUUUUUAUUCAUGUAUGAUGAAUUUAAAAAUUGUGAAAAGCUUUGCUUACAAUACGAUGUUGGUAAUGUAUUUCCGUCCAUUAGUAGAGGUGCUGAUGUUUACUCAGAUCUGAAAAGCGUUGAGAUAGUUGCAUCGCAUGUCUUGUACAAAAAUGAGUUCUUAUUAUACCUCUCGGAUGCUUUAAAUUUAGAAUCUGUACAAAUUGAUUUACCACCUCAUUGGAUUGAAAGGGUGAAAAGAUGUGCGUACGGGUGCUUCCGCAAUGCUGACUUUGGUUGUUUUACGGAGUCAGGAUGGGCUGCUUUUUCAAAAUUUCUUCCUCAAGCAAGGCUGAUAGUACGCGCCUGA